CGCGAGUUUGAAGUGUCCAUGCUCAGCAGCUCAAGCUUUGGACGAUGAUAGACCCAAAAUUCGAGUACGACGCUCCUAUGAUUUACGACUUCACGAACGUAGAAGGCGACGGAAUCCAAGGCUCCCAAAUCCAAGGCGACCAAAGCGCCGACAAAUGGUUUGACUUGCAGUUAAAAGAUUCUCCUUCACUACGAUUUAGUGACGAUUUCAAUGCACAAUCGGCAGCAACAGCUGCCGCAACGACGAUAAAUCCAACAUCCAGCAACCUCGUGACGUCACUAGCAGAGUGGAGACAACCUCAAAGGAUGAUUGUUGAUAAGAGUCAACCUGGGCCAUUACCAACCAGAAAGUCUAGUGAAAGACAAGACAGUCUACAACAACCACCUAUGCGUCCUCAACGCAAUGCAAAAAGAAAGUCCAAGAAACCGGUCAUUGUAUUGCCUAAUAGACAAUCUCAAUGUAAAAAAACUACAGAGGACAUUGAGCUAGAACGAAUUUGUCAUAUGCAACAGGAGACAAAACAGAAAAUAGAGUUGUCAAGAGCAUCACAUGAAAUAGUUAAGAAGAGUCAAGCCUUUGACAGAACGGAGGAGCAAAAAAGCAGUUGCACGACAAUUCCGCAACCCUAUAAUCUCAGAUCAGCCAGCAGAAAACGACUGGCAGAACAAAAUGAACAACUUGGGGAACCAAAGAGAAAAUUUCUCUCUUUUGCAGCAGAAGUCGAACGAUUUCAGAAAGCUACCCCAGUAAGAUUUCGAACUAAAUCCACACGGGACCUCAAGAAAGGACCGAUGCGGCUAAAAUUAGAAGUAAAGACAUGUGUCGUGCCUAAGUCACCUCAUCUAAUAACAAGACAGAGAGCCAGAGUGAUGAGAAUGGAAAGCACGGCUGAUAGAGAAGAGAAAGAGAUUCAAGAAAGUGGUCACGUGUUCAAAGCUACAGCUCUCAAUCCAAACAUAAUCAAGCGUCAGGGACAAUAUGGUUUGCCACAGAAACAAGAAAUUCCUAUUACAGUUCCAACAGCAUUCCAUUUUGAAACCAGAGUACGAACACGUCAGGCUGAGCCAGUCACCACCAAAACUCAAGAGCCAAUAGUGGCUCAACCCAUGCCAGACAUGAGUCAAGUGUUCAAACCUGUUUUGACACAUAAAAUUACAAUGAUUGAGCCAUUCAAAUUUGAAGGUAAAUACACUGACCCUGCUGUUGUGAGGGAACAACUCAGUCAAGCAGAAGAUAAGAAAUUACAAGAAGAAAGACAGUUUCACGCCAACCCUGCACCAAAUCUUUUAAAUCAAUUUGUACCGAAGAAAACAGACAAGCCAAAUAUUACGGUACAACAAUCAUUUCAACUGAAGACUGACAGUCGUGGUGAAGAAUAUGCUAGGAAGUGGAUGGCACAGCUGAAAGCUGAAAUGAAUGAAGACAAGGCGAGGAGACAGUUCAAGGCACUUCCUUGUGACGUGAUCUACGAAGUUCCAUUCCAGCCAGAGCAUGAAAACAAGCCUGUGAAGACACCUCUUGAUGUUGUGUUGAAUACAGAUCUAAGAGCCAAGCAGCGGCAAGAGUUAGCACAACGCAAACGACAACAAGAACUAGAAAAUGAACAGAUCGAGAAAGACAGAGCAGCAGAAAAAGAACGGGAAGAACGAGAGGCUUUGAGAGAGCUUCGAAAUCGAAUGGUCCACCGAGCUCAGCCAAUUCCGGAGUACACUAAGUUUGUUGUUCAUCCGAGUUUAGCGCCUCCAACGGUUCCGAAAGCUCCGAACUUCCACACAGACGGACGCAGUAAGGGGCGGCAGAAUGAUGCUGGACACGCAUAGGGAAGGGGGUUUAGUGUAUGUUUAUCACAUUACCUGUAGUGUGUUGUUAUCCAUUGUGUAGUUACUAUAGUUUGUGUUGUUGCCAAAUGUUUGGAAAACUGUUUACAUAAUAUAAUGGCCACUGGCACCAAAUUAUAGAUGA